AUGGCCGACGCACCCCGGACUGUACUGAUCUCAGGCUGCUCCUCGGGAAUUGGCCUGGAGCUUGCAGUGCAGCUGGCUCAUGACCACAGGCACCGCUACCAAGUGGUGGCCACCAUGAGGGACUUGGGAAAGAAGGGGACACUGGAGGCAGCUGCCGGGGAAGCCCUGGGGCAGACCCUCACCGUGGCCCAGCUGGACGUGUGCAGCGACGAGUCAGUGGCCCAGUGUCUCAGCGGCAUCCAAGGAGGGGAAGUGGAUGUGCUGGUGAAUAAUGCUGGAGUGGGCCUGGUGGGGCCCCUGGAGGGGCUCAGCCUAGCUGCCAUGCAGAACGUCUUUGAUACCAACUUUUUCGGGGCUGUCCGUCUGGUCAGAGCUGUCCUUCCUGGCAUGAAGAGAAGGCGAAAGGGCCACAUUGUGGUGGUCAGCAGUGUCAUGGGGCUGCAGGGUGUGGUGUUCAAUGAAGCCUAUGCAGCCUCCAAGUUUGCCCUGGAGGGAUUCUUCGAAAGUCUGGCUGUCCAGCUGCUGCAGUUCAACAUCUUCAUCACCCUGGUGGAACCUGGCCCAGUGGUCACUAACUUUGAGGGGAAGCUCUUGGAGCAGGUUUCCACAGCCGAGUUCCCAGACACUGACCCCGACACCUUGCACUACUUCCGGGAUUUCUACCUCCCUGCCUCCAGGGAGCUCUUUCAUUCUGUAGGACAGAGCCCACAGGAUGUAGCCCAGGUCAUUGUCAAGGUCAUCAGCUCCACCAGACCACCCCUGCGCCGACAGACCAACGCCCGCUACACCCCACUGAUUGUGCUCAAGACUGUGGACCCCUCAGGCAGCCUGUAUGUACGCAUCACCCACUGCCUGCUCUUCCGCUGGACACGCCUUCUCAACCUUGGCCUUCGAUGUCUGGCCUGUGGCUGCCUCCGCUUCCGAAUAUGGCCCCGGUGAGCAGAGCCUUCCUGGGAGGCUUCCUGGAGGAGGCAACACUGUUGCUGGACCUUGAAAGAUGAGAUAGACUGCCUCAUUCAACCUCUGGACUUUAUUAUCUUGGGCCUGGGAAUAUAAGGGUGAUCUAAAACCCCUUCCACAUAGAACUGAGUUGACUAACGGGUCUUUGGACUUUUCUGGUCACACACUCUGUCAACAAAAUGUUUGUACACUCACCAAUAGUGCAAGUAUAUUUUUUUCAUAAAAUAUGUAUUUAUAUCCAUGAGUAAUCACU